CUGUCGGAAACCCUCAGCCCCCACAGACCUGGAAGCGGAGGUGGCACGGCCAUGGCGAGAGCCACCAGGCGAGGCGGCGGUGUCCCGCUCCCUGACACUGCGAGGCGGGCUCGGCUUGCCAGAGGGCUGCCACCUGCCUCCUUCUCUCGGCUGAUUUGGGCGUCUGAAGGCUUUUUGGGGAGGGAGGCAGAGGAAAAACCACGCGUCCAGGAGCCGGCUGGGGCCCUGCUGCCUCAGGCACCGGCUGGCUGGCGGCAGCCCCGGCCUGUGGCCGCGGGGGAGCGGUGUCGGCCGGGGCUGGGAAGGGGGCUGCGGGCGUUCGUGGCGUUGGGGUUUUAUUUCUUCUUCUUCUUUAGGGGAGGGAGCUCGGGGUUUGAUUUCUUUCAGGGAGAGCGCGGCCGGGCUGAGAGAAGGGAAGGAAACUUUCUUAACCCCUUAACCUCCCCCCCCCCCCCCCCCCCCCCCCCCCCGCAGGAUGCUCCGGAUAUUUUUGAAAGGGCGGAAGAGUGAGAAAGCGAGCAGCGCACCCAGGGGCAUCUCAUGCUCCUGAGAAGGUCCCCCUGACACCUCGCUUCUGGGAUUAAAGGCUGGGGCUGGAGAAACUCCUCCCCUUCCCUCCGCUUCUUCCCCCCCCCCCCCCCCCCCCCCCUCCUAUUUCCUAAGGCCAUUAAAAAAAAAAAAAAAAAAAGGAAAAAAAAAUAAUUUUAAGGAGCCUGGAGUAACCGCGGCCGGUGGGGUAGGGGACGAGCAGCUUUCCUCUGCGGAUCCAUCGCCCGGCACCACGCCGGGGUGCAGGGAUGGGGAGCACUGCCAUGGACACCAAGAAGAAAGAUGCCUCCAGCAGCAGCAGCAGCAGCAGCAGCAGGAAAAGCUCCAGCCAGAAGAAACUCAUGCUGCGAGUGCACAUCCCCGAUCUCAGCUCUUUUGCCAUGCCAUUUUUGGACGGUGAUGUGGAGAACACAGACAAAAAUGCUUCUCGCAAGGUGGAAGAAAGCUACUCUGCAGGCAGCCCUUCGAAAGGCCUUUUCUCCAAAGGGCUCCAGAACCGACCUUCCAGUCCUGUUUCUGCCCCUGUGAGAUCCAAACAUAGCCCCGGCUCACCCAAAACAGUCUUCCCCUUCCCCUACCAGGAGUCUCCCCCACGCUCCCCACGCCGAAUGAGCUUCAGUGGGAUCUUCAGGUCCUCCUCCAAAGAGUCCUCCCCCAAUUCUAACCCGUCUACCUCUCCUGGGGGCAUCAAGUUUUUCUCCAGAUCAAGAAAAACCUCUGGCCUCUCUUCUUCUCCAUCUACCCCAACACAAGUGACCAAGCAGCCCACGUUUCCUCUUGAAUCCUAUAAGCAUGAGCCCGAGAGACUAGAAACACGGAUUCACUGUUCUUCACCUCCGGACACAGGGCAGAGAUUUUCUUUGCCUCCCUCCCAAAGUGCAGCCAAGCCUCCUAUAAUGACACCAUCUCCCUGUGCUACCUCAAAAACAGCGGCUCCGGCUCCCUCUCAGCUCCCGGCCGCCUCCGAAGGGAUGCUGGAGAAACUGGAGCUCGAAGAUGAAGCACUUGAAGAAUCGGAAAGUGACAUUUAUGUGCGAUUCAUGAGGUCACACAAGUGUUAUGACAUUGUUCCAACAAGCUCUAAGCUUGUUGUUUUCGACACUACGCUACAAGUAAAGAAGGCCUUUUUUGCCUUGGUGGCAAAUGGUGUGAGAGCAGCUCCACUGUGGGAGAGUAAAAAACAGAGUUUUGUAGGAAUGUUAACAAUUACAGAUUUCAUUAACAUACUGCAUAGAUACUAUAAAUCUCCAAUGGUUCAGAUCUAUGAAUUGGAGGAGCACAAGAUAGAAACUUGGAGGGAGCUUUAUUUACAAGAGACAUUUAAACCUUUAGUGAACAUCUCCCCAGAUGCAAGCCUUUUUGAUGCUGUAUAUUCAUUGAUCAAAAACAAAAUCCACAGAUUGCCAGUUAUAGAUCCUGUCAGUGGAAAUGCACUUUAUAUACUUACCCAUAAAAGAAUCCUGAAGUUCCUCCAGCUUUUUAUGUCAGAGAUGCCAAAGCCUGCCUUUAUGAAGAAGAAUCUGGAUGAACUUGGAAUAGGAACUUAUCACAACAUUGCCUUCAUACAUCCAGACACUCCUAUCAUUAAAGCCUUGAAUAUAUUUGUAGAGAGAAGGAUAUCAGCGUUACCUGUUGUGGAUGAGUCAGGAAAAGUUGUAGAUAUUUAUUCCAAAUUUGAUGUAAUAAAUCUUGCUGCUGAAAAAACGUAUAAUAACCUAGAUAUCACGGUGACGCAAGCCCUACAGCACCGUUCUCAGUAUUUUGAAGGUGUUGUAAAGUGUAGUAUGCUGGAAACACUGGAGACCAUUGUUGAUAGAAUAGUGAAGGCUGAGGUUCAUCGUUUGGUGGUAGUGAAUGAAGCAGAUAGCAUUGUGGGUAUCAUCUCCCUUUCUGACAUUCUACAGGCUUUGGUACUCACGCCAGCAGGUGCCAAACAAAAGGAGAACGAAAGUGAAUGACUGCUGUGAAUGUAUAAACGUUUGUAGGAGAACUUGAACAAAGUUUCUGGGUCAAGUAUGUCUCAAGAACAGUGACUGCAAUAGAACAGAGCAGGAUGGUUGAGGAUGUGUAUUGGGACUUAGUGAUGGAUGAUGAGUCUCUUCCCCCCCAGUGAUGUCGCAAAAAAACAAAGCAGCAUGACAAAAGCUUAUGUUAAAAUGUAGGCUUGUCUUUCAAAACGUCUUCAGAACAUUUGCUGGAAGACUUCACAUGAUGUCCUUCAUUAAAAUGCACUGUAUUCUGAAACUUUUUCAUUUUGUAUUUGACAGAAGUCACUGGUCAGCAAUGGAUAUAUGUGACAUAAGGCAAGUGUAUGGCAUAUUCAUAUCAUAGUGCCUUAUGUCAAAAUACAGCAAUAUGUCAUCACUGUUGCCCAUCACUGUCAAAGGAAGUAUUGUGCUAAACGAGACACUGUAUUUGAAUGUGAAAGUCUUUAAACCUAAACCAAAUCAGUUUCAGUUCUCAUUAGACUUGUCAUAAAAGCUGUAAUUUGAAGAUCAGUAGACUUCUUUAAAACUUUAAUGACAGUUUUGUGUUAAAUGUUGCAUUCUGAACCGAGAUGUAAAACGAGACUGAUUUUAAAAACAGCUUUAUUUAUUUUUACUUUCAUGACAAUUUUUUACACAUCUUUGGUGGAUAGCUAAAAUUUCACCAUAUCCAUUAAUAAACUGUUGAUUGUUAUACAAA